AAAACUAAACAUCUCACUUCUCGUCCUCCUGCUACACAACUGUACAACCGCGAUUGUAUGCUUCUUCCUCCCUACCCUUCUUAACUUGUCCACUUCAUAUCGAGACAUACUUGCUUUCCUUUAGCUGCUGCGCCUGUCCGUCACGAAAGGCCGAGUCAAUACGGUCUAUAUGUCCGAUUCUCAUGGGAGAGGUUUCUUCAAUUCCUAAAGGGUGCCUAUUUAAAUACCUAUACACUGGGCGCGGCUCUGAGUCCCGCCUGCUUCGGCAGUAGUUUGUACGAGUACUUCGUGGUAGUUGGUGUACCGGAUUUUUUUUCGGACUUUGUGGAAGGUCUCAACGUACUGGAACCGAAAAUUCUCUACACUUACCCCGACGACCAGCGCCAGAACGUGGAUCCGAACGUCUGUUCUUUCGCCUUCCCGGACGGCGUUGCUGUCCGAUAUAGCUCGGUCUCGAAAUGGAAUUCGAAUGAGGUUUUAUCCAUUUUGUUUGCGAGUUCGGCAAUCCUGGAAGAGCCGAAUCAUUCUUUUGUUUUCGUGAUGACGACCGAGUGUCUCAUGUAUGGCGUGUGCGUUUACACCGACGAGCUGAUGAACGAUCCUGGUAUAAUCAUUCCACCGUCGCAGAACUCAUCUACUACGGGCGAAUCGAGUCGACAUUUGUUUAGGAACGAAAUGGCCCACCACCGGCCGGUCGCGUUGUCGACUACCGAAAAGAGGCGACAACAAAAACAGAUCAAGCAAAAUGUGGUCAAGUUCGCGUCGAGCAGACGAUGCUAUAUAUUCGUGAGUCGAUUUCCGUUUUUUCAGCUUCAUUUUUCGGUUUUGUACUCCUUACUGGCCAGAGAUCGAUUGUAUCGCCAAUCCCAACUCGAAUCUUCCGCGAACUACGGCGAAAACAACAUUGACGUGGCGAGCGGCCUCAUUCGCCAGACCCUGGAAGCAUAUCGCCGCCAAGAAAUAGCCAAAAUGGGAUCUACGUUAUCGUUUUCCAUCCCUGGAGAAAUCCGGACUAUUCAAUUCGUCUGUCCGCCCCCAGAUGAUGUCUCCAGCUUGUCGGACUGGUGCGUGGCGUGCCUUUUGAGGGUGCUAUCUGUGCCCAACAUAAUGACGUACUUCAAUGCCAUGGUAUUAGAUCAGCGCAUCGCGUUGGUAUGCCAUAAUUUGGGCAUUUUGUCCGCCGUAGCACUUUCGCUGAUUCCCUUGCUUCGCCCAUUUGUCUGGCAAGGCGCCUUUAUCCCAAUUUUGCCAUCAAACAUGCGUGACAUUCUCGACGCGCCCUGUCCCCUUGUCGUAGGAAUGACGCAUCUGCCUAGUAACCGAAACAUGAACGAUUUUGUGGUAAUCAAUAUAGACCAAAAAUCAGUGAUUCUUCCUAAAACGACGCCAAAAUCGAUUCUUCCGUUCAAUAGCAUCUCGUGGACCGUAUCGCAACUCAUACCUCUACCGGAAUCGCAGAAUCUAGUGGUUGGCUUGGAGCAGCUGGUAAAAAGUUUGGGCUCUCGACCAGCGAAUUCAGACGUCCCAACCCCUUGUCCCGGCGCGAGAGUAAACAUACAAGAGCCGGCACCGUCCAGCAACCAGGCAUCUAACUCUUCUGGCCGCAAAAAAAAACAGCCCAGCGAAAUCAACUACGACAUAUUCGAGUGUACCUGUCAUUUAAACGUGCUGAAGGAAAAUCCGCUGAAAACAACGGCGGCUCAGCUGGCGUCUGUUAAGUCCGCCGCCAAGCUGUUUAACUUCUACCUUGAGGAUCUGACAAACAUGAUUCGAGAUGUGACAAUCUACAACCAGCUGGAGCUAACAGAAGAGAAUUUUGGAGAGCAGUCAGAAAAACUGGUCUCCCUCUUCCCUCGACACUACCGCAAGUUCGUUGCGGCGCUGUUUCAAACGCAAAGCUUCAACUUUUAUAUCAAGGACCUGCUGGCCAAAAUCCAAGACAAAAACCUUGAAGACAAGCUUUUGCUCGAAAAAAUCAACAAAUUGCUGCAAAUAGAGGCCGAGGAACGUACGGCCCUAAAGGCGCGUCUCGAGCGCUGCUUCGAAAAAGAUUCUCGAUAUGACAAAAUUCUGACUCAGUUGCACGCGUGCACAAGGCGUAUUUCCGUGCUUGAUAACCAGAAGGACCUACUUAGAAAAAAUCCCUUUUUACGCGAUUCUAACGCUUACCACUCGCUAACCCUCAAGGGUACAAGUUCUGUCUAUCCUGAUUUGAAGCUCAACGCAAAGUCCGCCACCUAUCGGAACGCAACCUGGGAUGCGCCGCUGAGAAAUUCAGAAAAUUCAAAGUCUCGGCUCAAAGACGGCGUCAGCAGUAUCAAAAAGUAAAGCAGCUGAGAGGGGCGCGUAACAUGAAGAUGUGAAUAGAAAAGAAGAUACGUCGCUGUCUAAAUCUGUUUUUUAUCAACAUUCAAAGCAAAUACACAAAAAUAUGCUAUAAAAAGGAUGUAAAAUCAAGUCUUUGUCAAAAAAUAUAGCCAUUUUUUCCUCUGAACUUUGCAUUUUGUGAAGUCUAAGAAUUACCCUGAGCUAGGCGAGCGCGAUUAAUCGUCAUCACCCGAUCUCUAACCGCCAUCAAGAAUUUGGGUAUUUUUUUUAUUGACCGCUAGCUAAUUUUCGAUAGGUACAGGUGUGUUCUUGACAGGUAGGCCAGGGCUCAGCCCCUGUAGAAGCGGGCCGACUUGCCGGUUUCAAUGAGACCGUUCUACGAUCUGAUUGAGUCUAUGCAUUGAAUCACGUUGUUGAUUCCCAACAGCCAGUCAGAAUCAUUCCCUUUCCUUCCAAAGCCUUAGCACUUACACACAACCUUGGUGCAUAUGACGGAUGAUAUACAGAUGAUAUGUAGCUGACCGUUAUUAUUCGAUACGAACUGAAAUGUGUGCGCAUGCACCUCUCUCUAAUGUCUCCAUCCCGGAUCAAUUCGGUGCAGUAGUUUCAGCAAUUAGUGCAUUGCUCUUUUUUUUGAUGUUUUUUUUCGUAAUCAAUCCACAUACUAGACUCUCUUCUUAACAGUCACGCCUCGUCAUUGUUAUUUUUAAGUAUUCCGGUCGUGUAUACGCAUAUGUAAUUUCUCAUUUUGAAUCUUUCCAGCUUGAGCUCUUUUAGAACAUUCCACAGUGGUGGCGACGCAGCCAUCCAGAGGAUACUCAACAUAUGCGCAGAGAGUCAAGAGAAUAAGAGGCUAUAGGAAUUUGAAACAUCGAUGUUCGUGAAGGGAGAUGAGACGAAUAUUUCAACAGAAGAAGUAGCGAAGCACCGAAUUCGUGGUCGAAAAUACAAAAGUCAGUACAAAAAAUCGAACAGGGAGAAGAGCAGAGCGGAUGAGAGAGAAAUCAGAAAAAGCGGGAAGCCCAAGAAGGGCAGUGGAAGACGCAGAAGUGACAGAGAUUGUGCAGUUUUGGUGUUAGAUAGCAACAGCGAUAAAAUAGGCGAUGAAAAUCGUAGCACUAAGAUUAAUAAAACGAGCGAAAGGCCGAAUAGCGAGAUAGGUAACGCUAAAAGAGGUGGCGACGAUAGCAGUGAUAGUGAUGACAGUUUUAGCAAUGACAACGAUGGUUGUAGCGGUGCGAUGAAUGGCAGCGAUAAUACAGAUAAGACCAUAGGCGAUGGCCGAAAUAGUACUAUGGCCAACCGCGGUGGCAACGAAAGUAAAAAUAAUUCUAGCGGUGUCGUUACAAAUGACGAUGGUGACAGGGAUAAUUUUGACCUGGGUGCCAACACAGGCGAUGUCUUUAUGUCCAGUCGUUUUAAUGAAGGUUCCGUUUAUCAGUCUAGAGGCAGACAUAGCGCGAGUCAUUUGGAGGUCCAACCUGAAAUUCUAUCUUCAGACAUUCUACGCCGCACGCCUUGUACCGAUCCGUCUUCCAAAGCGUCACAUAGCGACACGCUUAUUUUUCGUCCGUCGAUCGAUGACUCUCUGCGACAUGACAGCUAUUUUUUCGACAAAGCUAGGAAAGUAAAAUUUGAGAAAAAUAAAAAACUAACUAAUUUGCACGACGAAGCAAGCAACGACCACAGAGCUAAGCACCGCUACAUUUGCAGGGAUCCGGCGCUAUCAAAUACUCAACCCCUUUCUACUAACGGACUGUCUUCCUCCUCUUUUCUAUAUAACAACAAUGCGGAUUUGCUUGAAAAAGCCGCUGAUAAUCGCGAUGAACAGCUUGCCUUCAACGAGGGUGCUUCGGCGUCGUCUUCUAGAAGCACUGUGACCGACGAAGAAACUCGGAGUUCUGGUCUCGCCUCCACUUCUCGGCCGCCCGACCCGUUUCCGCAACUUUCGAGCCACUGUAACCAUUCCCAACGAGAGCCGUCUGACACGCUCAGCGAUACUGUAAAUACGAGCUGUACAGAUAGUCUUCUAAGUUCAUGGUGUCAUAAGGUGAACUCUUCUUCCGACUUCAAACUCCGAGAAGAGAAAAUAAAGGUUGUUAGCCACUACAUUUUUGGCAAGGUGAUUGGAGAAGGCACCUAUGCUAAUGUUCGAGAAGCAAUCGACAUCAAAACCAAGAGUCGAGUGGCUGUGAAGGUCUUUAAGAGGAAGCUGUUGGCGAGGCUGAAUGACGGAGAAGCGUUGGUUCAAAGGGAAAUUAACAUACAUAAGUCAUGCAAUCACAAAAACAUCGUCAAGGUGUUGUCGAGCUUCGUGCUGGAUAAGAACAAAAUCUUCAUCGUGUACGAAUGGGUUCAAUGUGGGAGUUUGUGCCGACUGUUGGAGGCCGCGCCAAAUCAUCGACUUCCGAUCGCCCAAGCACGCGAUAUUUUUUCCGGACUAAUAUCCGGGCUUGUGUAUCUAAAGAAGAAGCGAAUAGUUCAUCGUGACAUCAAGCCAGACAACCUACUAUUGACAAGUACUGGCAACGCUAAAAUUUCAGACUUUGGCGUCGCCAAGGUGAUAAAAGCAGACAAACAUCACCAAUUUCAUGUCAAGCCAUCGCAUUACAUCGGAAUUGGCUCCCCAGCUUUUCAGGCCCCUGAACUGACCUCCGUGUCGAGUCUCACAUCUCAAGCUUCUAGUCAAAACUCUGACUUUAUUUUCAAAUCGGACGUUUGGUCCGCCGGAGUUAUUCUGUAUAUUAUGAUCGUUGGGGAAUAUCCUUUCUCCAACCACUCCAAUAUCUUAGCUCUUUUCGAUGAUAUUUCUAAAGGUCGCUACCUCAUCCCAAACUGGAUUCCACCCUCAUGCCGAGAUCUGCUUCUUCUCAUGCUCGAAGUCGACCCCGCUCGUCGAAUUGACAUCAACUACAUCAAACCGCAUCCCUGGAUGUCCUCUUCUAUUCAUUCCACUCCGUACGCCAUCCCAUGUCCUCUCCCCUCCUUUUGGGGAUACGACAAGCGCUCCAUCCUUUCUGUUGUAAAAAAUGUGGAUGCUCAUCUUAAAAAAAAAAGAGAUCACACUUAUGCAAAAAUCCUAGAAAUGCGUCCUAGUUUUGAAGACCCCACUACACGUAAGCGCGUUAAUAAUAAAUUCCACCUAAGGUGCAUCAUUCUGUAGUACACAAGCUGA